AGGAGAUGCAGAUUGACACUGCCUGCCCUCCAUCUCCUACCAGCAGCCCCACAGGACAGGGAGAGGGACAGGGUUUGGAGCAGAGGCAGAUUUGAGCUAAGGCAGAGACAGGGGCUGGGCUGUGUUAAGACUGAGCAAAGGCAGGGCUGGGGCUGAGACGGAAAAGGAAGGAGUUCUCUCGCAGUUUUUUUUUGUGUGUUGUUGCUGCAGACCGAGGGGCGAGUGUCGGGCCGGCUGCUAGCCCCCGGAGUGGCCAGAGGGCAGCAAUGACCCCUGCGGAACAGAAUGUGACCUGGCUGAUCUCCCUGGGGGUGCUGGACUCCCCCAAAAAAACCAUCUCGGAUCCGGAAGAGUUCCUGAGGAGCGCCCUGCGGGACGGGCUGGUUCUCUGUAAACUCAUCGAGCGCUUAGUGCCCGGCUCCGUGGACAAGCAAACAUUUGAUGUCAAUGACCUGUACAAAGGACUGAACUUCAACAAGGUUUUGAGCACCCUUUCAGCAAUUAACAAGGCCACUGAAGAGCGAGGAAGGACAUGUUCAUCUUUCUCGUCCCAUCAGAGUAACUCUGCCACUUCUGCCAGCAGUUCCCAAGCACCUGCCUCGAAAGCAACCAGAGCUCUGCGGAGACCAUCAAAAAACCUGGAGAUGACGGAAAAUGGGAGUCAUCAGCUGGUGGUGAAAGCCAAAUUUAAUUUCAAGCAGAACAAUGAAGAUGAGCUUUCCUUUUCAAAAGGCGACAUUCUUUAUGUAACACGAGUCGAAGAUGGAGGAUGGUGGGAAGGUUCACUGAAAGGGAAGUCAGGCUGGUUCCCUAGCAACUACGUGAGAGAGAUAAAACCAAAUGAUAAGUCACUUUCCCCCAAAUCUCUCAAAGGAUUUGAGACACCUUCAGUUACGAAGAAUUAUUACAGUUUGGUUGUACAGAAUAUUUUGGACAAUGAACGAGAUUAUGCAAAGGAGCUCCAGGUCUUGCUCAGCACAUACCUGCGGUCACUGCAGGCCAAUGACAAAUUAACUGCUGCUGAUAUCGGGGCAUUAAAAGGAAAUCUGGAGGAAAUCUGCUCAUUUCAGCAAACCCUCUACCAGACUUUGGAGGAAUGUACAAAGUUACCAGAUUCCCAGCAGAAAGUUGGUGGUUGCUUUCUUAAUCUCAUGCCUCAAUUGAAGUCAUUGUAUCUCGCGUAUUGUGCAAAUCACCCAUCUGCUGUCGGUGUGCUCACAGAACACAGUGAGGAAUUGGAUAAAUUUAUGGAGAGACAAGGAGCGAGCAGCCCUGGGAUUCUGAUGUUAACAACGAGCCUCAGCAAACCGUUUCUGAGACUGGACAAGUAUCCGGCAUUAUUCCAGGAACUGGAACGUCACAUGGAGGAAUCCCAUCCUGAUUAUCCAGACAUUUUAAAAGGAAUGACAGCAUUCAAAAAUUUAGUGUCUCAGUGUCAGGAGCUGCGAAAGAGGAAGCAACUUGAGCUACAGAUAUUGUCUGAGCAAAUUCAGGGCUGGGAGGGUGAAGACAUCAAGACCCUUGGAAAUGUCAUCUACAUGUCCCAGGUUAUGGUGCAGUGUGGAGCAAGUGAGGAGAAGGAUGAAAGAUACUUCAUGUUGUUCCCAAAAGUGCUGCUCAUGCUGUCUGCGAGUCCACGGAUGAGUGGCUUCAUUUAUCAGGGAAAGUUGCCAUUGACAGGAAUGACAAUAACAAAGUUAGAGGAAACAGAAAACUUCCACAAUGCCUUCGAAAUCACAGGUAACAUGAUCGAGCGGAUUCAGGUGUCCUGUAGUAACAGCCAGGAGCUCCAUGACUGGGUAGAGAAUCUCCUGAUGUUAACCAAAGGCACAGUCCCUGGGAAUACUAACACAAAACCAGUGUCUGCCACUUCACAGCCACAACACUCUGAGAGUAAGCAGCCUCCAGCAACUCCGUCACACCAGCCCCUUGCUUAUUCACCUCCACAGUCUUACAGCACAGCUGGACAAAACCGCGGCCUCUUGGAACCUCCCAAAAUCCCCAAGGCUUGGACUCUGAGCUGCCUGAGACCAGCGCCCCCGCUAAGACCAUCAGCUGCGUUAGGCUGUAAGGAGAGGAUGUCUUAUAUUCUAAAGGAUUCCAGUAAAAGCCCCAAAGCAGUGAAAAAGUUCUUAACCAAGAGGAAGACGGAACGGAAAACAUCCGAAGAUGAGUUCAUUCUGCGGAAAAGUACAGCAGCCUUGGAAGAAGAUGCACAGAUACUCAAAGUCAUAGAGGCUUAUUGCACAAGUGCAAACCUACAGCAGACUCAUAGCUCAGUUUGUCGGAAGGAGUCGGCACCACAGGUAUUACUUCCCGAAGAGGAGAAAAUAAUUGUGGAGGAAACCAAGAGUAAUGGGCAAACUGUAAUAGAGGAGAAGAGUCUUGUCGACACAGUUUAUGCAUUGAAAGAUGAAGUUCAAGAGCUGAAACAGGAAAACAAACGAAUGAAACAAAGUCUGGAGGAGGAACAGAAAUCUAGGAAAGAGUUAGAGAAAAUGAUCCGAAAGGUUCUGAAACAGUUGAAUGAAUCAGCGUGGGAUGAGGGUAACCACUAGAAGCAGCUGACCAGCUCUCUACAAGGCUUCCAGCAGUCGGCAGGUCUGACCGCGCUGCUACAAGGAAUUCUUUGAAAUUCUCAGUCACACUGGGAUCAUUUUUGGUUUUUUUGGCCUGUGGUUCCUCUGGAGGAGCAAGCACAUGAGGGAUAGCAAACCUGACACCUGCUCUGGAAGGACUAGAGCAGGGCAUAAGGAAACAUGCAGGCUCUGGGGAGAGGGCACAGCAGCAGCAGCAGCAGUGAAACCUGAGAAAUGGCGCAGCGUCCCAACACGCAGCCACCUCGUGCUGGCUCAACUUGGGCAAGGAACGGUGCCUGCAAGUAACCUCUUCAUUCUCCAGGAAUGGAUGAUUUUGUGUCCUCCAACCAGCACUAAAGUAUUUGACUGCUACACCAGCACAGGAUGCUCACUCGUGGGCACAGCUGACUCCUUUAAGUUCCCUUUGUUUUUGUAUCAGGCCAUGACCAAAUGCAACCCUCCCUCGUACUGGACCCUCAGCUGCGUGCUUGUAUUUUAUGGGUAUAACUAGGGUUUUUGAGAUGCCCAGUCUGUCUUGCUGAUUUAUUUAUGUUUUGCUGUGUAAAAUUACUCCCCCACCCUCAAACACUGUGCAGAGUUCUUGUGUCGGACGCAGCCUUGAUUAUGGCACUGCAUCUAAUGCACGUAAAGCUCCUGCCUGUGCCUUUGAUAGAUACCCCUUUGGAUUACAGCGUGUGUACAUAUCCAGCUCGCCUUUUAUAAACUGGCUCUAGCUUGAACGUUCCUGUAUAUUACAGGAUUGUGUUUAAUACUGUAUAAAAGGAUACAGGCAGCUUACCUCCCUGACCGUUGUGGAACAAAGCAGGUGUUACUAGUCAGUGUUGACUGAGUCUGUUAGUCACGAGGUGUCCACAGACUCUACAGUAGGAGUUAAUGAUGCAUGCACAAACUUAGUUUUUCAUGAGUUAAGUGAUGCCCAGGAAUGAAUGCAGGAUGACAGGCAUCUGAUUGUGGGCUGUGUGCACAGAGUAACUGAGCACACUGCAGAAUGUUUCCAGCCAGAUUAAAACCAGACUUAGAGCCUGAACAAAGUGGGAGUUGGAUUUGGGAGGAGGUCACUUCAGAUCAGCCUGAGAGCUGUUGGUCAGAUCAGCUUCUCACCAAUAAUGAGCAGGGAGUGUGGCUCCUUCCUACAAACAUCUUGUAAAUCCCUCUUCACAUCCAACUGGCAAAACGUCCCCAAAUUUCCUGUGCAGAUUUUUAUUUUGGAAUUGUAAAUAAACAGAGUUCAGAUGAAAUAUUUUGGGAACUGUCACGGCUGUGUUCUCCAGGUGGUGCCUGUAUGUGUCUGGAAGCCCUUCUACCCAGCACACAUCCAUCAAGUAGGAAAUCUUUUGUAAAUGCAAUUUUUUUUUAAUAAAGCCUGAAUAUCGAGCCUUCCCUCGGCUGUACCUUGUAAAUAAAUAGCUCCUCUAUUUUGGCAA